AAACCUGUGUUUUAUAGGAAGCAUUUGCUCUUGAAUCCUAGUAUUUUGGGACUUCAGAACAGUAAAGAAUAAAGAGAAGACCUUUUCUUAUGAUGAAUUUAUUCUGUGUUGCAAUGGAAAGUAAUGGGAGUAAUGCUAAGGAUGCUAAGAACGCUUCAGAUGAAGAGGACAGUGGAGACAGAGUUCAGCAGAAAACUCGGGAAGAUAUUCUCUUUCAUGAGGAAACCAUUGAUCUUGGCGGAGACGAAUUUGAGUCUGAAGGGAAUGAAACCGUAUCAGAAGACUCUAAUAAUUUUAUAGAUAAACUUAAUGAACAAAUGAUGGAGAGUGUCAUUAUUUCAGAUUCUCCAAACAACAGUGAAGAUGACACUGGUGACCUUGGUUGUCUGCAGGAGAUUGUAGAACAAAUGGAAGCCAAAGACAACCAAAAAACACAAGCAGAAGUGGGUAAGGAAGAGUUUUUAAGUAAUGAGAGUGAAACUGAACAUGAAGAAACACCCAAAGACAUUUCUGAGAUUGGAACAGAUGAUCAGACAUCUUUAAAGGAAGAAUCAAUUCAGGAAGCAGUGAAAGAGGAACUGAAAUUGGUAAAUAACAUUCCUGUUGGAACAAGACCAAGUGAUACUGAUGAAAGCAAACCUAAGGACCAGCUAUCAUCACCCAGUACUGGCAAACCGACUCCUGAAGCUGAGCCUAUCCCUGUGUGUACCAUUUUCAGCCAAGCAAACAAUGUUAAUACUCAGCCACAGUUGUUCCUGCAUGAUGGUUUUGAGCCUCAGAUGGUAAAAUCUCCCAGUUUUAGUAGUAUAACUGAGACUCCAGUGAAGUCUAAUCCACAGGUAGUUCAACCAAGUCCUAGUCUAAGCAAGUUUUUUGGUGAUACUGUUAACACUAAUACUUUAGGUUCUGAUUUUUUUGAUUCAUUUACCACAUCCAGUUUUAUUUCUGUCAGUAAUCCCAAUGCAAGCUCUUCAGUCCCAGAACAAAUGUCCUCUAUUUCUUCCACUGGAGACAGUUCUCAUGCUUCGCCUGACCCUACUUUUUCUCUGGGAAAUGGGAGAACUGAAGCAGGUGGUCCUCCAGAAAUAUCUCAAUCCCCCAAGCCCUUCUCACAAAUCCAGGCUGUUUUUGCUGGGAGUGACGACCCUUUUGCCACAGCCUUGAAUAUGAGUGAACUAGACAGAAGAAAUGAUGCUUGGCUCCCUAGUGAGGAAACUAGAAACGUUCUAAUUUCAGUUGCCACACAACAAUACAGCACUGUGUUCAUAGACAAAGAGAAUCUCACCAUGCCCGGAUUAAAAUUUGAUAAUAUCCAGGGAGAUGCAGUGAAAGAUUUAAUGCUUCGCUUCUUGGGGGAACAAGCUGCAGUGAAGAGACAAGUUUUAAAUGCCAACUCUGUAGAACAGUCAUUUGUAGGCUUGAAACAGCUAAUUAACAGUAAAAACUGGAGGGCAGCAGUUGACCUGUGUGGACGACUUCUAACUGCCCACGGUCAAGGCUAUGGAAAAAGUGGACUACCUACUAACCAUACAACAGAUUCUUUGCAGCUGUGGUUUGUGAGACUGGCACUACUGGUAAAAUUGAAUCUCUUCCAAAAUGCAGAAAUGGAGUUUGAACCAUUUGGAAAUUUAGACCAGCCUGAUCUUUAUUAUGAAUAUUACCCUCAUGUAUACCCUGGACGAAAAGGUUCCAUGGUUCCUUUCUCCAUGCGGAUUUUACAUGCUGAACUUCCUCAGUAUCUAGGUAAUCCUCAGGAAUCACUAGAUAGACUGCACAGUAUGAAGAUAAUCUGCACCAAGAUAUUAGAAAACUUGGAGCAAGGGUUAGCUGAAGAUGGAAGUAUGACUAACUUUGCACAGGAGAACAGGCAAGGAGAGCACUCACCUGGAGAAUGUGAAAAGUCAAAGUUUGCCUCUGAAAUGGGAAGAGGCUGGGCAUAGUUGUCAGCAGAGUGAAAGUUGACUGUAAGCAAUUCCCUAAAGGCAUGUCUACGUGGAAUGGUGCAGACCUAUCUGAACUCUUCUGCCUGUUCUUCAAAUGGACCAGAUGUAAAGCAGCUUUAAUGUGUCAUUGUACUUGAACUAAUACACCAUCUAGAUAGGUCCUAAAAAAGUGUGUGCUGUGUGAGCUGCAUAUAUCAUAAAGGCAUUUGCAAGUAUAUUCAAAUGAAUAUGUUUACUGUUCUUCUCAGAAGGGAUAGAAAAAGGCAGAGAAAUAACUGGAUUUUCAAGAUUGGUGCACCGCACUCCAGAAGUUUCUUUUAGUCUCCCCCUGAAUCUGCUAUUCCUCUCAUCCCAUACCUCCUUUUCCUUGUUAUCUCCUGCUUUCCUCUUUCUACUUUCAUUUUUGUCCUUACUAUCCCCACUCUUUUUUUCCCUUUUUCCCCCUUCUUUAAAGGUGAUCAGACUUUUGGUUUUAGAGUACAAGGGACUUUUUUUUCCUAGCUGUGUCAUAAUCCUCUGCCCUGCACUCGGCCUCGCUCCUGUUGAGUUUCUGGCUCCUUGCUUUUUCUCACUGCUGCUGCUUCAGAGCUGAGCUGAGCUCGGAAAGAGGUCUAGGUAGAAAAGCAGCAGCUAGUAGUUACCAGGGGACAAGGCUGCUGCAGAUUUGGGGAGGCAUCUUUGUAUGUUUACUGUGCAGCUGCCUGUAGGUUUAAGACUGCCAAAAAGCUCUUGGGACCUUUGCAGGGACUGUUGACUGCUGCUGUCUGUGGAGGUCAGCUCGGUCUGCUCCCUGUCUGCUUCUGUGCUGCAUUUGGAGCUACAGGAGGCUGAUGAUGUAUUUUUUUCAUGUGAGAUCUAGCUGAAGCAAACCUUAUUAACUGUUUCUGAAGAAAGCCUUAAUUCAUUAUGGGGAUUAUGCUUACUAUGUAAUUUCCUUAUUGCUGGUGUAAGUGGGUGCCACACCAAGCGACUCAUCAUAUAUAUCUCCUG